AUGAUUUCAUCAUUACAAUUGUUGUCCAGUGGUUCUGAAUGUUUUGAUGAUGCUAAGUUGUAUGGUAGUGUGGUAGGUACAUUACAAUACUUGUGCAUAACCCGACCAGAUAUAUCCUUUGCAGUGAGCAAAGUGAGCCAGUUUAUGCAUUCUCCUUUGCUUUCUCACUGGAAGGCGGUAAAGAGAAUCCUUAGCUAUCUGCAGGGUACUAAGGAGCAUGGAUUGUUGAUACAUCCCAGCAGUGAUUACAGGCUCUAUGGAUUUGCAAACACGGACUGGGCAGCAGACUUGGAGGAUAGGCGUUCUAUCUCUGGUUAUUGUGUAUUCCUCGAACCUAACUUGGUUACUUGGUGUUGCAGGAAACAAACUACCAUAAGUAGGAGUUCCACUGAGGCAGAAUUUCGAAGCUUAGCUGCCUGUGAAGGAGAGUUGGUGUGGCUCACAAAUCUGCUGACUGAAUUGAAGAUACCCAUGAAGACAAUUCCUACAAUUUUUUGUGACAAUCUCAGUAUAGUUCUUCUUACUACCAACCCUGUUCAGCAUAAUCGAACUAAACACUUUCAACUUGAUGUUCAAAUUAUUAGAGAAAAGCUUAAGGCAAAUUCUCUGCAUGUAAUACACAUCCCAGGACAUGAACAAGUAGCUGAUAUACUACCCAGGCCUCUUUCAGCGACUGCCUUUCAGAGAUUGAAGGACAAACUUCGAGUGAUUCAAAGACCACACUCGAGUUUGAGGGGGGCUGUUGAGGCAGGUAAAGAAGCCCAAGGUCAUGGGCUGAUCAAGAAAGUCCAAGAAAUUGUUAAAAGUUGA